CUCCUCAGAGAAGUGUCAAGUCUGAGAGUUGGCCGUGACAGGAGCYUGACAGUCAAAACCCAGGGACUUAAAAACCCCGAGUUAAAAGUUUAAGAAGAGGCAGAAAGGCGCCUGCGCAGACAGCGAGGCUGCGAGCAUCGAAGCUGUCACAGCAAAGCUGCUUUUAAAAGUUUUUUUUCUCUCUUCUCAACCCACGUGGACAAGCCAGCAGGGUUCAUGUGUGACAUAUACAGCCUGGACUCGCACUGUGUGUCUCCACAAUGCAACAUGAGUUGGGCGAUGGAGCCUGCUAACUUCUACGAGAGCGCCAAGCUGGGCGGCCCGCAGCAGGGCUUCUGCAAGCCGGGCAACAGGGUCGAGGGCGCGGGCGAGGACGGCACCAUGGUGGAGCUGAGCAACACCCCCGCCAUGUACGACGACGAGAGCGCCAUCGACUUCAGCCAGUACAUCGAGUCCAUGACGUCCGUGCCGAACCUGGAGCUGUGCAACGACGAGCUCUUCCUCGACCUSUUCAACACGGUGAAGCAGGAGAAGAGCGACUUGUACGCGCUGCCYGGCGGAGCGCAGCAGCUGCCGGCCGCCUACACCGCGGCGGAGAGGAGGCUGGACGGUCCGCCGGAGAGGGGGGCGUUGAGCGCCUCCAUCAAGCAGGAGUCGGACUGGAGCGACAGCGACGUGUCCUCGUCCCUGCCCGCCCAGAUCGAGACCUGCGCCCAGACCUCCGUCAGCCUGCCCACGGGACAGCCGACGCCCCCGACCACGCCGGAGCCCGUCUCCUCCGCCAAGUCCUCCCCGCGGAAGGUGACGGGCAGGGAGAAGGGGAAGAAGGCGGUGGACCGGCUCAGCGUCGAGUACCGACAGAGGCGCGAGAGGAAUAACAUUGCCGUGAGGAAAAGCAGGGACAAAGCCAAGAGGCGCAACAUGGAGAUGCAGCAGAAGCUGAUCGAACUGAGCGUCGACAACGAGAAGCUCCACAAAACCAUCGAGCAGCUAACCAGGGAGCUGACUGGYCUGAGGGACUUCUUCAAACAGGUCCCCAACUCCUCCUACCCGGUCUCCACAGAGAGCCGGUGACACAUUUACUCUUCUAUGGACUGAGCUUUUAGAAGAUAUACCUCAAGAGACACUUUUUUUUUUUUUUUUACCAUCUGUACCAGAUGUAUUAAGCUUACCAUAAUGGCACUGGAGAAUAUGUAUUUUGUUGCCAUAUUUUUGUGGGAUUUGUCCUCUGUAUUAAAUUAUUUUACCACUGCAUUUAAAAUGUUUCUACCUGACAUGGUACAUGUUUUAUAAUUCUGAACUUUGUAUAAGAGCCAGAGCAUGAUCUUUUAUAUAGUUUGUAUGAAACCUUGAAAACGUUGUUUUUGUUAUGAAUCUAUAAUAAAGUCAAUGAGAAAAGUGCA